AUGGUCGAAGGUGGGUUGGAAUAUGAGCAACUAAACGAGACAAAUACAGAAGAUGCUUGGACCUCGCAUAAGAAAAAAGAGAAAUUCAAGAACCCUUUUGACUUUCCCAUCAAAUCCAGCGCUAAGAUAAUCAAAAAUGAUUCUUCUGAAAUAAAGGCGGGAAUGCAACCAACAAGCCAAAGUUCAGAAGUGUCUCUUCGGAGAAGCCAAAGACUAAUGAACAAGAGAUUAAAUGAAGACUCUGAAAGUGACUCAAUUUCUUCAAGCUCUGAAGUUAAAGAGACAACUCCAAAACCAAAAAGAUCUCAGAAAGAUCCUAACAAAACACCUAAAAAAAUUAUCGAGCACUAUGUCCCCGAUAAAAAUGACAAAUUUUACAAUGUUGUAUAUACUCAUCCUAACUGAAGAGAUGAAACAAUGGUUGAAGGAAUCGUUGUUGUGUCUCCAAAUGUUAUUGAAUUAUAUAGUCCUGAAGGUAAAGUUAUUGUUGAAGAACCAGCUUCAGAAUCUAAGCACCGUUUACGCCCUGGCGCUACAUUAAUUUUGGGGAAAAUAGAAGUCGCAGUUGAUGGAGAGGUGCCGUAUAAAGACUUUGCAUCUGGGAAGUGCUUUAUUUCAAAAUUUAACAAUGAUGAAGAAGAAAUGACUUUUACGAGGAAAAAAAAGAAAAACGUUUCUAUUCCUGAAGGUUCAUUAGUUUUAGAUGAAGAAAAUAAAAUUUUUGUCAUUCCUCAUCUUGCCAAAAAUCUAAGAGAGCAUCAAAAAAUUGGUGUAAAAUUUAUGUAUGAUUGUAUAGCAGGAAACAAAAGUAAAAAUUAUUAUGGGUGUAUAUUAGCUGACACAAUGGGACUAGGAAAAACUAUACAAACUAUAGCUUUAUUGUAUCCUUUGCUUAGAAAAGACCCCAAAGGCGAAUCAUUUUUAGAUAAAUCAAUAGUCGUGGUGCCAUCAAGUUUGCUACUAAACUGGGCGAAUGAGUUUCAAAAAUGGCUUGGCCCUUAUCAAUUAGGCGUUGUUGUCUGCAUUGGCAACCAAAAAGAAAAAGAAGAAGCCAUAGAAAAAUUUUCCCAAGAAUCCACUUCUGUGCUCAUUAUUUCAUACGAAACAUUUCGAACCUAUACAGAAGCCUUAGUUGAUCUCUGCGAUUUGUUAAUCUGUGAUGAAGGGCAUCGUCUAAAAAAUUUAAAAACCCAAACAGCUAUGACUCUUAACGAAGUUAAUUGCAGGAGAAGAAUCAUUUUAACAGGAACUCCACUCCAAAACAAGCUUCUUGAGUUUUAUUCCUGCAUUUCUUUUGUUAAUCCUGACAUUUUGGGUGACAAAAAUACUUUCAUAAAGAUUUUUUCAGAUCCAAUUGGCGCUGGACAAGACCCGAAUUGCAGUGAAAAAGUGAAAGAGCUUGCAUUGCAGAGGUCAGAUGAACUUUGCAAGAUAACGUCUACGUUCAUUUUAAGAAGAACUGGAACACUAUUAGAAAAAUAUUUAACACCUAGAAGCGAGUACCUGAUUUUUUGUAAACUUUCUGAGCUCCAAACACAGAUUUAUCAAGCUUAUAUUCAGUCAAAAUUCACAACAGAAGUUGUUGAAAAUGUGGAUGCGGGAAAUGCUCUUAAUAUCAUUACGUCACUGACUCCCCCCCCUUUAAAUCGGAAAAAAAAAUUUGUUCCAAUUUAAAGGAGGGUUAAGAAAAUUUUUUUAAAAAAAAAAUCAUUAUAAAAUUUUUUAUAAAAAAAAAAUUUAUAUAAAAUUUAAAAAAAAAAAAUUUUCAAAAAUUUAUCGAAUUAGAUUAAUAAAUUUAUUUAAUAAAAUGCUAUUUACUCUUUAUCCUUUAAAACAAAGGAAGAUAUAACUAAAAUUUUAUUACUAAUUAAUACACCACUAUUAAUUGGUAUCAAAACUAUAUACACAAAAAUUAUUAUUUUUAUUGAUAAAAAAAAUUAAAAAAAAAAAUUUUAGAAAAUUUAUUAAUCAAAGUGCUAAUUUUGUUUAAAUGAGAUGUCAUUUAUACUCUAAUCUUUAAAAUAAAGCAAGAAAUAAGUAAAUUUUUAAUUUUUGUAAAUAAUUCGCAUUGAAUUUAUAUCAAAAUAUUUUAAAUAAAAAAAUAUCAUUUUUAUCAAAAAAAAUAAAAUUAAAUUUUUUUAAAAAUUUUAGCAAUUAAGGAUAAUAAAUUUAUUUAAAUAAGAUGCUCUUUAUACUCUAUUCUUUAAACAAGAGAGAUAUAAUUAAAUUUUAAUUUUAGUUAAGAAGAGACAUUUAAAUUAUAUCAAAACUUUUUACAUAAAAAUUAUGAUUUUUAUAUAUAAAACUUUUUAUUAUAAAAUUAAACUUUGUUCCAAUUUAAAGGGGGGUUAAUUUACCAAAAAAGUGGAAAUUUUAUCUAUAUUUUGUUCCAAUUUAAAGCGGGGGAGUGAGAAAAAUUUCUAAUCAUCCUGAUCUGAUAUAUAACCAUCAGCCAAAAUCUCCUAACCUAUUUGAAGCAUGGACUGUAGCAAUGAAUUUAUUCCCACAAGACUAUGAAAAUGAUACUGAGAGGUGCAAGCAUUCUUCGAAAAUGAUGCUGUUUGAUUUUCUUGUAAAAAAAUCAAUAGAAAUAGGGGAUAAAGUAAUCCUUGCAUCCAAUUUUAAUAAAACACUUGAUUUGUAUGAAGAACUUUGUAAACAAAGGCAAUAUUCAUUCUGUAGACUUGAUGGGAGUACCACAGUUAAUCAAAGACUAAAAAUUGUGGACAAGUUUAACUCCCCAGGGUCCAGUGAAAUUGUAUUUCUACUCAGCUGCAAAGCAGGUGGAGUAGGGCUGAAUUUAGUUGGCGCAAACAGACUAAUUAUUGCAGACCCCGACUGGAAUCCAAGCAACGAUAAGCAAGUCAUGGGUCGAAUAUGAAGAGAUGGACAAAGUAAGCCAGUCUACAUUUAUCGAUUGUUUUCCACAGGUACAAUCGAUGAAAAAAUAUUCCAAAGGCAGCAUGCAAAAGAAACGCUUUCAUCCACAAUCAUUGAUUCUAAGCAGUUUGCAUCUUCUUUUUCAAAAAGAUAUCUUAACUCCCCCAUCCGUGAGCGAACAAAACCAUUAGAAAAAUCCCUAUUUUUUGCCCAAAAACCCCCCUCCGUGAGUGAACAAAAAUUUUUUAAUAUAAAAAUUAUUUAUGAAAAAAAAAGUUGAUAUAUAAGUAUAAUUAUUAGAAUAAAAUCUCUAGCUAAUUCUGUUUAGUUUUAAACAGCUUGCAUUUUAAAACAUAAAUUUAAAUUAAUUUUUGUGUCUCAAUUUUAACAAAUUGGAAUUAAUCUCCCUCGUGGGAGAACAAAAUAUUUUUGUUCGUUUAUGGAGUGGAGCGGGAGUAAGGAAUUAUUUACCCUUUCUCCAAAUUGCAUGUCAUUCGAAGACAGUGGCAUCGAUUUGCAUAAAAGUGCGUAUAAAGGGUCCCUCUUAAGUGAAGCUACAGAUCUAAUAGAUGUUGUGCAAAUAAAAAUCCCUGAUUGGAAGCUAGAAGAAAGAGUGAUAGAAGAGAAAUUAGAUUUCGUUAAUUCUCAGGCUUUUGCUGAUAAUAAGAGAAAGUUGGAAGAUAGCGAUGGAGAUGAAGACUUUGGAAAGAAACUCAAAUUAUUUUAA